AUGGAACGAGCCCAGGCACCGCAUGAGGGGCGGAGUCGCCCGGGGGUGCGGCCGCUGGCCUCUGGCCACGCGUGGGAGCGCCGAGCGAUGCGCUCCCGGAGCGCCCCCGGCGGCCGACUCCUGCGGGACAGGGGCCCCGCGCGAGCUCGUGCAGGAGCCCGGAUCGCACAGUCCCCACGGGUGCCGAGCGCGCGGCCGGCGCACCCGAGCCCUCGGCAGCGCAGCAUGGCGGCCCUCGGCCUGCCCGUCCGCCGGGGGGCGAUAUCGAUGACAUCGGCACCAUCGCACAUGAGCCACUCCGCGGUGUCGUGGUCGAGCGUGGACCCGUUCGAACCACUGGAGGUGAUGGAGCAGCAGCUCGCAGACAUCAAGACGCCGGAGGCCCUGUUCUGGUCCUCGCGCGACGCCGGUGGCGGCUCCUCCCUGGACGAGGACGCGUUCGGGGUCGCCCUGGCAGGGGUCGAGGUCCCGCUCCCUGGAGGCUCGCCCGGACCCGCGCCCCCCGGACCCGCGCCCGCCGCCUGCGCCGGCGGCGGCGUGGGGCCGCGGCCGGUUCAGCCCCAGGCGCUGCCCGCGGCGCCGGCGGCGGCUCCCGGAGGCUGCUUCGGGCGGCAGCCGCAGGUGCCGAGCGGCCUUGCUCGGGAGCCUCCCACGCUUGCUCGGCGGCGCCCACGCCGCGACCGCGCCGUGCAAGGCAGCCGCGCCCGCGGCCAAGCCCAGCACACCUGUCCGGCAGGUCCAGAAGCUCUCCCUGGCAGAUUGCACGUUGAUCAGCGCCCAGGCGUCCAAGGUCAAGCCGCUCUCCCUGACAGAGCACACACAGGGUGGGGCACAGGCGCGCCGUGGGGAGGCCUCCUCCCGCGGGUCCGAGAGGCACGACGAGGGCAAGUGCCAGCCGUGCGCGUGGUUUUGGAAAUCUGGUGGCUGCUUCAACGACAAGGACGACUGCGGCUAUUGUCACCUCUGUCCGGCGGGGGAGAUCAAGCACCGCAAGAAGUCAAAGGUGAGCCUCAUGCGCAUGGGUGCGCUGGUACCCGCUCCCCAGGCCACCAGCCAGAGCAGCGAGGCGGCGCCGAGCCGCGUGCUGAAGAUCUCGGUGUUGCUGUCGCCGGAUGCCCAGGCGUCGGCGCCAGCGCUGCCAGGGGCUACUUCCAGCCCGUGAGGCAGAUUGAGUCGUCGUGGGGGACCUACAGAACGUGA